GGAAACCACUGAGUCCGCAGAUGCCAAUAUCUUCAACACCUGAUCAGAACUUUAGCAAUGAGAGCGCCUGGCUGAAAGAGCAGAUGGGACCCUCACAUAGUGCAUCCUUUGCAAAGUCACAGGAGGAUCCUCAGUUGGCGAAGGCAAUGUACGAUUUCAUGAAAAGAAAUACCAGGGAACUCUCAGUAACAAAAGGAGAUGUUCUGCAGGUGUUGGAGGCCAGCAAACAGUGGUGGACAGUGAAGGACAUGCACGGUGAUGUUGGUUACGUACCCUCCAACAUCAUGCUGAUGAUGAAUGAGGAGGAAUCCCUCCCUUUGCAUGUCGGUAACCAUCGUGGUUCCCAAUAUUCCCCCUACGACGACUCUCCUGACCUGACACGAUACUCCACACCCAAUGAAGUGACAACUUGGCUCCAGAGGAAAGGUUUCUCACGAGACACCGUGGCAUCUCUGGGGGUCCUUACUGGCUCUCAGUUACUGAGUCUAACUAAGGAAGAGUUGAAGAUGAUCAGUAAAAUGGAAGGUCACAUUGUCCACAAUAUGGUUCAUGGAGGGGCAGUAAGUGGCCCAGCUAGACAACAUCCCAUGCAGGGACGAAAUUAAACCACCGAGACAAUCAGAGGAGUGACAGACUGCACAAAAAAAACAAAUUUAAACCCAGUGUUGUGGAUCCAGCUCCAGGAACUAUGCUGUGUAGAUCUAUACACCAGUAUUCAGCUCUAUGCAAACUUUAAAGAUGAAGCUAAAUCAGUAGAUUAAACAUAAGUUAUUUCUGAUCGAUAAGCA